GAGGGUGAAUGACAGCUAUUCUAGUUUACCAACGGCUUUUUGUUGACGGCGGUCUCUUGUUCAAUUACAUAAAAAUAGGGGAAAAUUACAGAAAAUAAUAAUGGCAUUGCGUUUCUUAAGCUUUGCUCUAAUCACAAACACACGACGCAUUGUCCAAGCUAGACAAUCUGUGCACUAUGGGCGUUUCAACGGCGCGUUCAACACAAAAAAUGUGGCCGCUCUUACAAGACAGCUGCACGUGCGUAUUUCAGACCAGGAUGCGGGACUAGAGAACAAACGGGCUGCCAAUAGGCACACAAAUCCCUUUCACGAUCAAACAGAAGAAGAACUCAUAGAGCCAUCGCAUCAGAGGAAAACUGUGAGAGGGAAUAGGCCAACCAAACGAGCUGCCAAUAGGCACACAAAUCCUUUUCACGAGGAAAUAGUAGAAGAGGAGAGGCCAUCACAACAAAGCAAACCUGUCAAAGUGAAAAAGCCCGAUUUUGGUGAUUCGGAAGUGUUUGGCGAUGCCAAGCUGGGGACAGAUGAUACUCCACUUGAUGCCGGCGACCAGCAGGAAGAGGAGUUCGUAAGCAGACCCACAAGACAUACACGUAAGCUACGUACCAAUGAGUACGUACGCCUCAUCAAGGAACAUUUGAUCAAACAGCGCAUCAAUGAAGCCAUCCACGUUUUGGAGGUGAAAAUGCUUCGCGAAGAUCGCGUCAAACCAGAAAGCUACAUCUACAAUCUGUUGAUUAGCGGCUGUGCCAAGGCGGGGUAUACACGCAAGGCGUUCAACCUCUAUACGAAGAUGCGACAACGUGGUCUUAAAGUCACCGGUGGCACCUACACAUCGCUCUUUAAUGCCUGCGCCAAUGCUCCUACUCCAGCUGAUGGUUUAGCCAAGGCGCAGCAGUUGCGUGACAAUAUGCUAGAGAAGGGUUACGAGCCCAAUGUGAUGAAUUACAAUGCCAUGAUCAAGGCCUAUGGUCGCUGUGGAAGCGUGGAAACCGCUUACAUGCUGGCCGAUGAAAUGCUGGAGCGGCAACUUCCCUUAACCGCGAGCUCUUUUAACUUCCUGCUGCAGGCAUGUGCUGGCAAUGAGCAACUAGGAUUUCGCUAUGCACUACUCACAUGGCACAAGAUGAUUCAACUGCGCAUUGAACCCGAUUACUAUAGCUUUAAUACGAUGCUACGCUGUGUGCGGGAUUGUGGAUUCGGUGAACUGGAGUCCAUGGAGCAAGUCUUGGCAGCGAUUGCUGCAAGUGGAGAGCCCAAGAAGACAGCAAUAACUGCUAAGGAGCAGUCUAAUAGCUUAAGCAUCGCAACCAAUUCAACUGCGGUUACUCCGACUACAUCAUCAGAGGAAGUGGCUAUGGAAUUGCCAAAUCUUCUGCUGCCAGGCGGACAAUUGGACAAUUUAGUUGCGUUGAAUGAAGUCACACGUCCCCAUGAACGUUUUCUGCUGCUCGGCGGUCUUACCGGGUACCUGGAUCUUAUGCUGGCACAUAAAGUAACGCCGGACAUCAAGAGCUUUACCACAAUGCUAGAGGUGAUACCACCAACAAAUGCCGCCGAGAAGCAACUGUUGAGUUUUGUGCGCAAAAUUGGCCUCAAGGCUGAUAUUGAUUUCUUUAACAUACUCAUCAAAAAACGCUCGAUGCGCUUCGACUAUGAAAGUGCACGCGAAGUGCUGACAAUGAUACGCACCACGGGAUUGCGGCCGGAUAUUGUCACCUAUGGUGUCUUGGCGCUGGGCUGUCGCACCCAGGAGCAAGCUCGGGAGUUGCUGCAGCAAAUGCAAGCAGCCGACAUACGCAUGAAUAUCGCCAUAUUGGGGGCCAUGUUGCGACAAGGUUGUGCACAGAAAUCCUUCACUUAUAUCAAUGAAAUCAUGCAGCUAAGUUUGGAGGAGGCCAUCAAGCCGAAUGAACCUUUCCUACGGCAUUUAUUCAAUUUUCACAGAGGUUGCGCACGAGCCAUUGAUGCCAGGCAUCCGUCAACCAAAACAACUGCUUUCAAGAAAGGACAUUCGAAAUUCUGUGAUAAAUAUCGACUGUUUUUGGAGGAGCAUGGUCUUACCGGUCUAAAGCUCGAGGAUGCAGUCAAUAAACUGAAAGAACGACCCUAUGCACAGUACAAGGAAACACCUGUUGAGGGCAUAGAGCCAACUAAACACGAGGAAGUGAAGCGCAAAACCAAAGUGCGGAAGUACAUUAAGAAAAUCAAAAUAGCCGAGCUAAGAGAUGAUCCAAGUGAAGCAAGUUUCACGAAAAGACUAGAAUAAGCAAUAUUGAAGAGUUUAUAAUCUUGAAUUAAAAUAUUUAUUAUGUUAAGCACACGUUUUCAAUUGUUUAUAGUUCAUGGAUAUAUCAAAAAUAUCAACGUAGCUCAGCUUAAAGAGGAUGAUUGUUGUAAAUCGCAGUCUGAAAAUGAUUUCCUUCGAACAUAUUGAAUAACGAUUAUUGA